AUCCUAGGAGUGACAUCUUCGCUAACCACAUUUUCUCAGCCUACAACAUGAAAUUGCUUAUUGCAUUCGCAGCCUUGGUGACAAUGGCUUUGGCUGCCCUAGCUGGCGAUGAAGUAAACGCCGCUGUGCUGAAGUUUGACAGUGAUGUUGGUGUUGACGGAUACAAGUUCGCUUAUGACACCAGCAACGGAAUCAGGCACCAGGAAUCGGGUCAGCUGAAGAGUAUUGCUGAUGCUGCUGCUGUAGUCGUCACAGGAACCUACACGUACACGGCGCCCGAUGGACAGACCAUCACCCUGAACUAUGUUGCCGACGAAAAUGGAUUUCAUCCGGAGGGAGCUCAUUUGCCACAGAUUUAGAUUAGAGCCAAGCGCUGCAUCGUAAAGUAGUGUCAGAUCCAACAUUGCCCCUCAUCAUCUGGUGUGAAAAUACUUAUGUGUUGUACAAUUUUUUUAAAAUCGAAUUCAUUACCUCUCCACCAACUGUCAUGUCAUGGUCAAUUUGAUAAAAGCUUAAACGCGUCGUUCUACUCGUGGUUAUGUCGAAGAAGCGCGCCACACCGACGAUGGCAACGAAACGAGAAUGCGUUGUCAUCGCAGUAUGUUUUUCUCGCUUCAUCAAUGUGACUUAUGAAAUUAAUAAAAUCUUUAUUGACGCGGA